GACGUCUUAUACUUGUUUUAAAGGCACGGUUAAGAUGGCAAAAAGAAGAAAUGUCUCUAAAAUAGUGGUGGCAUGCGCGUGGGUAUCAUGCACUUUCAAGAGUCAAAGCAUGGAGGAGUUGAGUGAGCAUAUGUCUCUACAUCUGAAAGAGCAUCUUGGGGAAGGAGAUGCAAUGGAGGAACUGGAGGAUUAUCCAUGUCUAUGGAGGGGCUGUGAGUUCCUGGCGAUGGGAAGCCAAAGUGAGCUGAUCGCUCAUGCCCAUUUCCACAUCUUCCACAGCAAGCUGAAAUACAUUGGGACUCAGCUUCUUGAAUCCCACCCCGAACUGCCUAGUUGCACUCAGGAUCUUCACAGCAACAGCCUAGUCCCAGAUGUCUCUGAGGGGUUCGUCUGUCAGUGGCAGCACUGUGAUAGUUCAUUUAAUAACCCUGAGUGGUUCUACCAUCAUGUUGACAUGCAUGCACACUGCACUGAGCUCCAGCCCCUUCCUGAUCGACAGCAGGCUCUUUUCUGCAGCUGGUCAGACUGUGAUGCUUUCUUUAAAAUCAAGUACCGCCUACGUGAGCAUCUGCGCAGUCAUACACAGGAGCGGCUGGUCGCUUGCCCCACCUGUGGCUGUAUGUUCUCCAGCAAUACUAAGUUCUUUGACCAUAUCCAGAGACAAGCAGAACCAGAAGAUUCUCUUACAUGUGGACACUGUGACAAAGCAUUUGCCAAUGAGAGGCUGCUGAGAGACCAUGUUCGUCAGCAUG